AUGUCAAAAAGAAAGCAAAAUCUUUCUGAUGACGACGAAAGUCGUCUUAAUGAAACUGAUGGAGGCUGGAGUGCUGGUGAAGAAGGUGAAGAAGCAACACAAGACCAACAAAAUGAAGAUUACGAUGACUACGAGGAUUAUGAACAAGAAUCUGAAGUGCAAGAAGAAGAUGAAGACGAUGAUUAUGAAGAUAAUAAAAGGCGAGAUAAAAAACGUCAUAAGGGUAAUAAGAAUGACCCAAGCAAAUUCAUUUUAAAUGAAGCCGAUGUAGAUGAUGAAGAGGAAGAAGAAGAUGACGAUGAAGACGCGAUUUACGGUAGAGAAGAUUUUAUUGAUAACAGAGAGAUUGAGACUGAAUUGAGUGCUUAUCAUCGAGAUUCUACUAGGCUUGCUGAUAUACAUAUUGAGCGAUCAGUAUUUGCAGAAGAUAAUUUUGAUGCUGAGAGAGUUGCUCAAGUACUAAAUGAACGUUAUCGUAGUACUGCUGGUAGAUUAAGUGAUGAUGAUGAUGAUUUAAGUAAACCAGAACUUGCUAGUGUUGAUAAGUUAUUUGCUGUAAAGUGUAGAAAAGGACAUGUAUACCAUGCAAUUGAAAAAUUAGAAAAUUUGAAGAAACUUCGAUCUGAUCCAUUGAGAAUUAAAAAAGUUAUUGCCAUUGAUGGUAUUGAAGAUUUUGUAUAUAUAGAAGCUGAUAAAGAACAAGACGUUCAAAAUGCUGCUAUGAGGUGUAAUAAGUAUUUAUAUUCUUCAAAGAAAUUCAUAAAAAGGCUUAGUCCAAAGGAAAAACAAGAUUUAAUGGCUCCAAAGAGGCCAAGAUUAAAUAUUCAAAUGGGUUCAUUCGUAAGGAUUAACAAACGUGAUGAAUAUUUUGGAGACCUGGCUCGGGUCACUUCAUAUACUGCCGAUGAAUUAAUAGAAGUUGAGAUCAUCCCUCGUAUACUUGUAGAUCAAGACGGUGCCUCACUUAAGCGUAAACGCAAAGAGACAGAUACAUAUAUAAAAACAUAUAACAGAGGUUACUUGAAAGUCAAAUAUAAGAUUAAAGAUUUGGUUUAUUCAAAUAUGGAUUUGUUAUUACAGGACGUAGAAGACUUUUUGAAGGCGAAAUUUGAUAAUGAAACAAUUAUGAUGGAACUUUCAAACGUAGCUAGUAAAAUUACUGUCUAUGAAAUACAAGAUGAAAUAAAAGUUCUUCAAGGAUCUCUUAAAGGUUCUGUCGGUACUGUGACGUCCGCUAACGAUGGUGUUUUAACGGCCACUGAUAAAGAUAAUAGCAGUAAAGUUUUUAAAGUUAAUUCAGAGGAAUGUGUUAAAAAUAUUAAUGUCCAUGAUUAUGUACAAAUUACGAAUGGUCCUUAUCAAGGACAGAGUGGUUUUGUUUUUAAUUGUGAUAGACAUGUUAUGACCAUGUAUUUAGAUCAUACCAAUAAACAGAUAUCUGUCUUUGCCAAAGAUUUAAAAAAAUGUGUUCAAAAUUCAAUUAAUAAUGAAUUUGGAGGAUUUAGAUAUUUUGAUUUAAUUCUAUUAAAAGAUUCUUCAAUUGGAAUCAUUAUUGAUAUUAGAAAAGCUCAAAAAAAUUAUGAAUACGAUGUGUUGAAUACUGAAAAUAAUUUAAUAAAAAAUGUUACAUCAGCAAGAAUAAAGAGAACUUUGAUUGAUACUAAAUCCCAAGCUUUUAAGAAAAGUGACCAAGUCACUACGACUAAAUUUGAAAGUAUUAAUAAUAAACAACAAUCAAUAUAUGAAGUUUUUCGUAUAUAUGAUAGUAAUGUAUUUGUUAGAACUUAUGAUGAUGAUACAAAUCUAGGGUUUUCAUGUUUUAAAGCCAAAGACUUAAAAUUAAAAUAUGAAUCCGCGAGAACCUCCAAUAGAAUUAAUGAUCCACUAAUUAACAUUCCCGGGCAAAGAUCUCGUAGUAGUAAUAAUUACAACAGAGGAGGUCGUGGAAGGGAUCGAGGUAGAGGACGUGGCCGACAAAUGUAUCAAAAUCCUCUAUUAAAUAAAAGAGUACAAGCUUCACAAGGAGCACUUAAAGGAUAUCAGGGCACAGUUAAAGGAGUUUAUGGUAAUAUGGCAGAUGUUGAAUUUGAUGCUAAAUUGACGACUAUAAAGGUAGAACUUGGACAACUAUUUUAUGUCAAUGAAAAGGGAGAGGCUUUAGACCCGGUUUUACCGAGAAAUCAUGAAUCAAGUAGAAAUUCUAUGGAUAUGAGUCCUGGAUUGGGAUCAUAUUCUGAACCAAGUUGGACAACAGGAUUGAGUAAACAACAAAAGAGUUGGGGAUAUUCAUUGGGAUCCGCCAUGACGCCAAAUUCACAUUUGUUGGAUAAUACGAAUAGUGGACUAAACAUGGAAGGUAGUAAAACACCAGCAUUAUUACAUAGCAGUGGAUCACUAAGUGGUAGUAAAACUCCGGCGUUACGUAAUAGCAGUGCGAAUAAUGGUAAUAGCAGUGCUUCACUUGGCUCGAAGACUCCAGCAUGGGAUCUUGGUAGUAAAACUCCAGCAUAUGGAAUAAUGUCGGAUGGUAGAGAUGGUAGUAAAACGCCAGCAUGGGAUUCAGGAAGUCAUACACCACAUUCUUCUGGUAUAGUAGGAAGUGGUAGUAGUACUAGUGGUAAUAAUAGCGUUAAUAAUAUAAGUAACAUAUUUGGUAGUGGUGGUAAUUCAACUACGAAUGCUGCAAAUUCAGCGAUGAAUAUGACUACUGUUGAAACUCCUGGGGGAUAUUCAACUGUAGCUACACCAGCGGCAGAUGCACCAAAUUAUCCUCCUGUAUUUACACCUGCGAAUACUGGUAAUCUUAUGCCACCUACUCCAAGACCAUUUACUCCUGGUAAUAUACCUAUGACACCCGCAAAUAUGAUACCACAAACUCCAUUUGCUACUCAACAUUCUGCCAAUCAUGCUGUACAUCCCGGUCGAGAUCCUAAGAAACCUCCAGAUGUUAAAGAUUUUGGAGAAUGGCUCACACCAGGUAUAGAAGUACGUAUAGUACCAAUAGAUGGUAUACAAUCAUUUGAAAAUGGUAGAUAUGAUAGCCGUGUUGGAGUAGUAGUAAGAGUAGAUAGGCCUAAUUCAGGAUUUAUUAAAUUGGAUGAUAGUGAUGGUAUGACUAUAUCAGUAGAACAAAAAUAUUUAAAACCCACUGAAGUACAAAGAAGAGAUGAUAUAAAAGUUAUAUUUGGGGAACAUAAAGGAGAACUUGGUUUUUUGGCGGCUAUUGAUAAUUUAGAAGGUGUUGUUAGAUCCCAAGGCGGGGAUCAUUCUUUUAUUAAUAUUUAUUACUUAGCUAAAUAUAGAGGUAGCGAAAUUGAAGAUCUUAUGCAAAUAUCUUAG